AUGGAAUCCACGCACGAACCGGCCGACCCCAUCGCCAAGGGGGUGUGGGCAACAGCAAAGCAGUCAUGGCACGACCUGUUCAACUUCAAGCAGCGUGUUGUCGUCACCAACGAACUUGGCGAGACGAGCACAGAGUGGGCGCGACCCGUACCACUGCGCAACCCCAUCAGUCUGCUUGCCCAGCUGUCCGGGCGCGACUGGCUCUUCUUCAUCGUCGGUUUCGCCGCUUGGAGCGCCGAUGCCUUCGACUUCCACGCGCUCUCCAUCCAACAGGUCAAGCUAGCGGAAUACUACAACACCACAAAAACAAAUGUCUCCACCGCCAUCACCCUCACGCUGCUCCUGAGGUCGGUUGGCGCGGCCAUGUUUGGUCUCGCUGGUGAUAAAUGGGGGCGCAAAUGGCCUAUGGUGGUUAACAUGAUCGUGCUCGGUGUGCUGCAAAUCGCCACUAUCUACAGCUCCACAUUCUCUCAGUUCUUGGCUGUGCGAUCGCUGUUCGGCUUGUUCAUGGGCGGAGUAUAUGGCAACGCCAUCGCCAUGGCUCUGGAGAACAGCCCGACGGAUGCCAGAGGUCUCAUGUCCGGCAUCCUCCAGCAAGGGUACUCUUUUGGUUACGUAUGUGCCGCGUGCGCAAACCUCGGCGUAGGCGGCGGCGUCGAAAGCUGGAAGACCGUAUUCUGGAUUGCCGCCGGUAUAUCCAUCGGCGUUGGCCUUAUCCGCUGCCUCUUCCCCGAGUCCCAACAGUUCAUCGAAGCGCGCAAGGCCGGAAAGGCCCAAGCCAAUCCGUCGGCGUUCUGGAGGGAAACUAAGAUCAUGCUUGGCCAGGAGUGGAAGAUGUGCGUCUACUGCGUCAUCCUCAUGACCUGGUUCAACUACUACAGCCACACCUCCCAGGACAGCUACACGACCUUCAUGCUCACCCAAAAAGAACUUGCCAACGACGGCGCCAGCCGCGCAAGCAUCCUCAUGAAGGCCGGCGCCUGCGUGGGCGGCACCAUCAUCGGGUACAUCUCGCAAUGGUUCGGCCGACGCCGCACCAUCAUCGUCGCCGCCAUCAUCAGCGGCGUGCUCAUCCCGGCGUGGAUCCUGCCUGAGGGCGAGCGCAGCCUGUCAGCGUCGGGCUUCUUCAUGCAGUUCUUCAUCCAGGGCGCGUGGGGCGUCAUCCCCAUCCACCUCAACGAGCUCUCCCCGCCGGCCUUCCGCUCCUCCUUCCCGGGCCUCACCUACCAGCUCGGCAACAUGAUCUCGUCCCCCUCCGCCCAGAUCGUCAACGCCAUCGCCGAGAGCCAUUUCGUGACGAGCAAGAGCGGCAACCGCGUCGAGGCGUACGGGCCGACCAUGGGGAUUGCGACGGCCAUCAUUGCCACGGGAAUUGCGGUCACCACGGCGGUGGGACCGGAGAAGCGCGGCAGGGAGUUUGAGAAGACCCUGCCGGCGGGCAUGAAUGUUGUGCAGGAGGGCAAGGCGGCGGAUGAUUUGGAGAGGGCUGAUACGAGGGAAUCGAAGCCGGCGGUGGCGGGGACAGAGGAUGUUGGGACGUUGGGGGAGAAGAAGUAA